GUGGCGGCGAACUGGGUGUGUGUCCCUCGCCCGCCGGUCGUCAUCGCCCUGCCCUGAGCGCUUUUUGGAGCCAGCCGGCAGCGGGGCAGCGCCAUGGGGGCCGGAGGAGGGCUGGGGCUGGCGGCCGUGCUGGCGGCCGCGGUGCUGUGUGGACCUGGGGCGCUCGCCGGGCGCGUCCUCAGCGGCCAGAAGGUGUGCUAUGGUGCCUUCAAGCAUUCGUGUUACAAAUUAGCUUAUUUCCAGGACUUGUCUAGACGUGUGGGCUUCCAGGAAGCCCGCCAGGCCUGUGAAAUCGAUGGUGGGGCUUUACUGAGCUUGGAAAGCGAAGCUGAGCAGCAGCUAAUAGAAAACAUGCUGCAAAACCUCACCAAAUCAGGCUCUGGGAUUUCUGAUGGUGAUUUCUGGAUUGGGCUGUGGAGAAGUGGCGAUGGACUGGCCACGUCGAGUGCUUGCCCCGACCUCUACCAGUGGGCUGAUGGAAGUAUGUCACCAUUCAGAAAUUGGUACACAGAUGAGCCUUCCUGUGGAAGUGAAGCCUGUGUGGUGAUGUAUCAUCAGCCAACUGCAAACCCUGGUCUGGGGGGGCCAUACCUUUAUCAAUGGAAUGAUGAUAGAUGCAACAUGAAGCACAAUUUUAUCUGCAAAUAUGCCCCAGAUAAUGUCUUGGAGAAAGAAUUAGGAGACAGAGCAGAGCCAGAAUACGAUAUUUUUCCAACUGUGCCAGCAGGAAAUCCUUAUGACACAAGCAAACCAGAAGAUCAGUACCAUAUUAUUGCUACUGAAACAGGUAUAAUUCCAAAUUUAAUUUAUGUUGUAAUACCCACUAUACCACUACUGCUGUUGAUACUGGUGGCUUUUGGGACUUGCUGUUUCCAGAUGCUUCAUAAAAGGGAAGCAAGGAGAAACUGCUUCAAAGACCCAUCUCCAUUAUCAUCUGAAUGCCUUGCAGAAAGUUUAAAUUCCAUCCUGUAAAGGAAGAACAAAAACCAGUCCAAACCAGUCCACACUAUGGAUUUCAAAGACGUCUAGGAAGGACAGUAGCAUGGAGGUAUAAUGAUUUACUGACUGAAAACAGAGCAAAAAUAACAUUUUGCAGUGAGGCUGUAUUAUAAUGUCAUCAAAGAACAUUAGCUUGGAAUGGCUUGAAAAUGCAAAGGAUCUACAAGAAUGAACUGUAAGCUCCCCCUUGAGGCAAAUGUUCACAUCAUUUUUAUAUAAUGUUUGUUUAUUAAUUCAGUAACAAAAUAUGCCAUGCUAAAUAAAGGGUAUGUGUUUAUUUUGCUAAGAGAUGUAAGUUAGCCAGUUGUGAGCAAUGAAAUGAACAGAGCAUUUGAAGUUUUUAUGGGGAAAUAUCCACAAUGUAUGUCAGUUUUAAGACUGUUUGUAGUUAAACAAACCUCCUCUGUUUCUUUUAGUCUCUCAUGCAUUGUAUUGUAGUCAAUGUACAGUAAAUGGAACUGACAAUUUUACAGUGUAACAAUUAUUUAUCUUUGCAUAAAAGUUUGAUAC